AGAGGAGCCCGGGCCCGGAGGAAGACGAGACGACAGCUGCGGCGGCUUCACUCCGCCGCAUUUUAAAAAACCCCACACCGAGAGGCGGCCACACGCCCAUGCACCACCGCCUCGCUCCCUGGCUUCCCUUGCGCCGCGACAAACCGUGCCGCCGCGACGCGAGGCGUGAGGAGGAGUAGAUCGGUGUAUCGGUAGAUGGCCGGAGGAGGAGAAGGAGGAGACGGGGGCGAUGGGGGCAGUGGUGCGGGUGGUGGCGGUGGCGGUGGCGGCGCGAAGAGGGUGCCGAUGCGCCGGCUGUUCGCGUUCGCCGACCGGCUGGACGCGGCGCUGAUGGCGGUGGGGGGAGCCGCGGCCGUGGCCAACGGGAUGGCGAUGCCGUUCCUCGCGCUCCUCGUCGGCGAGCUCGUCGACGCGUUCGGCGCCGCCGACCGCGCCCACGUCGUGCGCGUCGUCUCCAAGAUUUCUGUCAGAUUUGCAUAUGUGGCAAUUGGUUCAGGAAUAGCAGGAUUUCUUCAGGUGUCAUGCUGGAUGGUGACCGGUGAAAGGCAAGCUGCACGCAUCCGUGGGCUGUACCUUGAGGCUAUACUUAGACAAGAUAUUACAUUCUUUGAUUUGGAGACAUCAACGGGAGAGGUUACUGAAAGGAUGUCUAGUGACACAGUGUUGAUCCAAGAUGCCAUCGGAGAAAAAGUGGGGAAGUUUCUCCAACUGCUAGCAACAUUUCUUGGUGGAUUCAUAAUCGCAUUUGCAAGAGGCUGGCUUCUGUCCCUAGUUAUGUUAUCAAGUAUCCCUCCUGUUGUACUUGCUGCUGCAGCCAUGUCAAUUGCCAUAUCGAAGCUAUCAAACCGUUCCCAACUGGCCUAUGCUGAAGCAGGGAAGCUAGUGGAGCAGACAAUAGGAUCAAUUAGAACUGUGGUAUCUUUCACUGGUGAGAGGAGAGCAACUGACAAAUACAACAAAUUCUUAAAAACAUCAUACAGAUCAGCUGUUCACCAGGGAAUGGCUAUGGGUCUUGGAAUUGGUUCACUUUUGCUUAUUGUUUUCUGCAGCUAUGGAUUGGCUGUUUGGUAUGGUGCAAAGCUGAUUAUUGAAAAGGGUUAUACUGGGGGAUAUAUCAUUAAUGUAUUGAUGGCCAUCAUGAGUGGUGCAAUGGCACUUGGUCAGAGUUCACCAUGCUUAAAUGCUUUUGCAUCUGGACAGAUUGCAGCUUACAAAAUGUUUGCAACAAUCCAUAGAAAACCUGAGAUUGAUACUAGUGAUAGGAGUGGCCUUGUUUUGGAGAACUUUGUUGGAGAUGUUGAGUUCAAAGAUGUCCAUUUCAGUUACCCUGCUAGGCCUGGGCAACCGAUCUUCAGUGGCUUCUCAAUUAGCAUUCCAAGAGGCAUGACAAUGGCAUUGGUUGGUGAAAGUGGAAGCGGGAAGUCUACUGUGAUUAGUUUGGUAGAAAGGUUCUAUGACCCACAAUCAGGUGAAGUUCUCUUGGAUAGUGUUAAUAUAAAACUGCUAAAUCUUGGCUGGAUAAGACAGAACAUAGGGCUUGUCAGCCAAGAGCCUAUUCUUUUCACAACCACCAUCAGAGAAAAUAUAGAGUAUGGAAAGAAAGAUGCAUCUGAGGAAGAAAUCAGGAGAGCAAUUGUCCUUGCCAAUGCUGCGAAGUUCAUUGAUGUGCUACCAAAUGGACUAGAUACAACCGUUGGUGAACAUGGCACACAGCUAUCUGGUGGACAGAAACAAAGAAUUGCAAUUGCAAGGGCAAUUUUGAAGGACCCUAGGAUACUGCUUCUUGAUGAAGCUACAAGUGCACUUGAUGCUGAAUCUGAGCAUGUAGUUCAGGACGCACUAAAUAAUAUCAUGGUUAACAGGACCACCAUAAUUGUAGCCCAUCGCCUGAGCACAGUGAGAAAUGCCGAUACAAUAUCUGUGCUACAUCGUGGACAACUUGUGGAACAAGGACCACAUGUUGAGUUGAUUAAAGAUUCCAAUGGAGCAUACUAUCAGCUUUUACAGCUUCAAGAGGUGAAUGCGAGAAGGAAUGGAACUCAUGAAGCUGACUACAACAGGCUAUCUGAUGCUACAAACAGACUAUCUGAUGCUUCAAAUUCUGUAAGUCGACAUAGCAUCAGAAAGCUAUCCUUUGAGAGGUCUAUGAGCAGACACUCGUCACUGGGUGGAAGCAGAAGGAAUUCACAGACUUAUGCAUUGAAUGAACAUGAAAUCGAAGGGUGUGAUGAUACAAAGUCUGGAAAGAAUGUAAUUCAGCGCCUACUGCACCUUCAUAAGCCUGAAACUGCAAUCCUUCUGUUAGGAUGCAUUGCCGCUUCUGCUAAUGGGGCUAUACUUCCGGUGUUUGGCCUGUUGCUUUCAAGUGCCAUCAGCACAUUCUAUGAACCACCACAGAGACUGCGAAAAGAUUCAGUGUUCUGGGCAGAAAUAUUUGUGAUCUUGGGCGUUGUAUCCUUCUUUGUUGUACCAGUGCAACACGCUUUGUUCAACAUGGCCGGCGGGAAGCUUAUCGAGCGUAUACGAGCUUUAUCAUUUAGUCGGGUUGUUUACCAGGAUAUUGGAUGGUUUGAUGACCCUCUGAACAGCAGUGGUGCAAUAGGUGCUAGACUAUCCGCAGAUGCCGCAUCCAUCAGAAGCAUUGCUGGAGAUGUUUUGUCAUUGAUUGUUCAAAGUAUAAGCACUGCUCUUGUCGGCAUUGUAAUUGCCAUGAUUACAAACUGGAAACUAGCAUUCAUAGUCUUGUGCUUCGUUCCUUGUGUAAUUGCACAGAGUUAUGCUCAAUCAAGGUUAAUGAGGGGAUUUGGUGCUGAUGCAAAGGAAAUGUAUGAGCAAGCAAGCACAAUUGCCAGUGAUGCGAUCAGUAACAUUAGAACUGUCACUUCAUUCUGUGUAGGAGAGAGGAUAAUUCAAAGCUACCAAAACAAAUGCAAAGGUCCUGUGAAAAAAGGAGUCCGUCAGGGAGCUAUAAGUGGUGUGGGUUAUGGAUUCUCAUUUGCAUUGCUCUUCUGCUUUUAUGCUGUAUCGUUUUAUGUCGGAGCACGCUUUGUACACAAUGGAACAGCAGACGUUGGGGAAGUUUUUAAGGUCUUCUUUGCUUUAACCAUGAUGGCUGUUGGAGUUUCACAAUCAAGUUCUCUUGCUCGGGAUUUUAGCAAAGUGCAGGAUGCAGCAGUCUCCAUUUUUAGGAUUAUAGAUAGGAAAUCCAAGAUUGAUGCAAGCUCUGAUGACGGAAUGGCUCCAGAAAAAAUUGAGGGGAAUAUAGAGUUUCAGCAUGUAAGCUUCAAGUACCCAGCGCGAACUGACGUGCAAAUCUUCACAAAUUUGUGCUUGAGGAUCCCAUCUGGCAAGAGUGUUGCGCUCGUCGGUGAAAGCGGAAGCGGCAAAUCAACAGUGAUAGCCUUGAUAGAGAGGUUCUAUGACCCUGACUCAGGCGCCAUCUUUCUAGACGGCAUGAACCUCAGGUCCCUCAAGCUCACCUGGCUCAGGCAGCAGAUAGGGCUGGUGGGCCAAGAACCGGUUCUCUUCAACGACACCAUCAGAGCAAACAUCGCCUACGGCAAGCAGGAGCAGGCGUCCGAGGAGGAGAUCGUCGCCGUCGCGGAGGCCGCUAACGCCCACCGCUUCAUCUCCUCCCUCCCGCGCGGGUACGACACCAGCGUCGGCGAGCGCGGCGUGCAGCUCUCCGGCGGGCAGAAGCAGCGGAUCGCCGUCGCGCGGGCGAUCCUCAAGGACCCCAGGGUGUUGCUCCUGGACGAGGCGACCAGCGCGCUGGACUCCGAGUCGGAGCGCGUCGUGCAGGAGGCUCUGGACAGGGUGAUGGUCGGGCGGACCACGGUGAUCGUGGCGCACCGGCUGUCGACCAUCACCGGCGCCGACAAGGUCGCGUUCAUCAAGAAUGGUGCCGUCGCCGAGGAAGGCCGGCACGAGCGGCUGCUGUGCUUGCCCGGUGGAGCUUAUGCGUCCCUUGUUGCCUUGCAGUCGAGCAGCUGGUGAAGUGAUGACAUGAAGACUGCUAGCUUACUGCUUCUUACGACGAGCUUUCUUUUGCCAGAACUUUACUUACGCUUUUUCCACGCAGGUAGUUUAAUCUAGAAACAAAAUGACCACGCUGUUGUUUUAGUUAUAAACAUAAAAGAGGAUCUUCAACAGGUUUUAUAGAGGAUAUGAAGUAUGCCAGUAUAUUGUU